UUAUCGAGCAAAUCGAUCGACUCAUAUCCUUCGCCCCAUCCAAGCAGAGUAUUCAAAAUGAGGAUCGUCGACCCCCAAUCCGCCGUCCUCACCAACAUCGAGGUCCUGGCCUAUGUAACGGCCAAUCCACCAAGACGACCCCCCAACCCGCCGCCGAACUCAAGACACUGGGUCCCGAGUCCGGAUCUCAGAGACCACAAUACCGUCGUUAAGGAGAUACACAAUUACGUCGCCCGUCUCUCUCCACAUCUAUACAACUACCCAAAAUACACACACCAAACGCCCGCGCAAAUACAAGCCCAGUCGCAAGCACUAUCGCAACAACAAUCCACAUCGACAGCCCUUCCUCCUGCCCAACUCAACGUUCCAACGCCGCUGGAUCAUGCCCUCCGCGACCUUGUCACGAGGCUACAGCCUUAUGGGCUGACGAAGGGUGAGGUGCUCAUGAUCGUGAACCUCGGCGUGGGGCUAAACCCCCCCGCGGCGGAUGGUGAUACCGAGGGAGGGGAGGGAGAGGAGGACGAGAAUGCGGAACAGGGCGAUGCGGAGGAUGCGAACCAGAUGGAUGUGGAUGGGGCGGAGGCGGGUGAUGGCGAGGGGCAAGGGGAGUUGCCGGAGGAGGAUUACGGAGCGCUUGCUUUGUUGGAUACGGUCAUUGAAGAGCGGGAAGAGAGACUGAGCAGUGAAGAUGUCAUGAAUGUCUUGGCUAUCAUUCGGGAGACUUUGGGGUCUAAGAGGCUAUCCGGGGGAGAGGGUAUCGAUGAGGAGGGAUAGAGGCCACCUUAAUAUACAUAACAC